AUGGAUGAAAACCACGAUGACGUCACCAUCAGCACAUUCAAAAGUGGUCUCCCCACCGAGCACGGUUUAAGAAAGUCUCUAACUGGUAAACCCGUCACCAGCGUUCGCCAACUGAUGGAUAGGAUUGACAAAUACAAAAGGGUGGAAAAUGACCAACUACAAGGGAAAGGAAAGGAGAAGAUCAUCCCCCCCAAAGGGAAUGAUUACAGGUCGGAACGAUAUAACAGUAACCAGCCGAGAAGGGAUUUUUCGAGACAGGCUAGACAAGCUAACAUGCAAGCGGUUAAUGCCGUAUUUAGAGAGCCGGUGCAACAGGUUCUGGAGCAAGUCAAAAAUGAGUCUUUCUUCAAAUGGCCGAGUAAAAUGGCCGAAGACUCCUCAAAGCGCAACCAGAACCUGUAUUGUCAUUAUCAUCAAGACCAUGGGCAUACCAUCGAGGAUUGUAGAAAUCUAUGGAAUCACCUGGAUCAGUUAGUACGAGAAAGAAAAUUACGCCACCUUUUACACCCCUUCAGCAGUCAUCUGGGCCAGGUAGUUCAAGAGCCUCGAAAAGAUGUAUCUUUGAGACCUCCCAUGGGGACGAUACACGUCAUUUUCGCCACUCCCGGGAGGACCGGCUCUUUUCCUUCUGGGGUACUGUCUGUGGCUCGGCUUCCCGCCAAGGAUGGUGAAAAGGAGUCCAAAAGAUCUAAAAAGGGAAACUCACCUGUGCUGGCGUUCUCGGAUGAGGAUAAGAUAGGAACUAUCCAACCUCAUGAUGAUGCUUUGGUAGUUACGUUGAGGAUUGGAAGGUUCGACGUGAAGAGAGUGCUGGUAGACCCGGGCAGUGCUGUGGAAGUGAUGUACCCUGAUCUGUACAGGGGGCUGAACCUAAAGCCUGAGGACUUAACGGCAUAUGACUCUCCUCUUAUAAGUUUCGAAUGGAAGACUGUCAUACCAAAAGGGCAGAUCAGAUUGCCCAUACAGACCAGAUCAGAGGUGGUGGAGGUGGAUUUUAUCGUGGUCGACGCCUACUCACCCUACACGGCUAUAGUAGCCAGACGUUGGCUCCACGCCCUGGGAGCCGUUUCUUCUACACUUCAUCAGAAGUUACAUGAAACUGAAAUGCGCUACUUACCACUGGAGAAGGCAAUUCUUGCUGUAAUGCAUGCAACGCGAAAACUUCCUCACUACUUUCAGGCACAUAUGGUCAUUGUCCUGACUCAACUUCCCCUCAGGUCGGUGCUCCGAAGCGCCGAUUACACAGGAAGAAUCGCCAUAUGGAGUACGCUUCUAGGGGCUUUCGAUAUUAAGUACAUGCCUCGGACCUCUGUCAAGGGAAAGUCCUCGCGGAUCUAG